AAAAAAAAAAAAAACAAAAGAAAAUUCUUCCUGAAAGAAAAAAAACAUAUGAACUGGGGUUUUACACAUCAACACAAACAUAUAUAUGUUGCAGCGCCAAACCAAACCACCGGAAAACACCCUUUUCAGAGCGUUUUCCACCGCCCCCUGCUCUGUUUCCGCCUAUGCCAGUCAUCCCUCUUUAUUCUUUCUUUCUUCCUUCUUGAAGCUAAAUCCCAAUGAAAUAAGGCUCAAAACCCACCAUGGCUAUGCUCACACACUUGUGAAUUGACAUCAUUCCAUAACUGUAGCAGUUGUAUAAACCCACUCCAAAGAAAUUGGAACUUUGAAUUCACUAUUUUGAUAAUCGAAAAGCAGCCAUAAUGCCUUCUUACUCACCAUUUUUCAUCAGCAACCUCAGGCUGAAAGCCACCCCUUGUCUCAUAAAAUCCAUGUCUUCCUUACCCUUAUUGAAAUUUAAUCGUGGGUUUCAUUUUUCAACUCAAUUUCCUGUCUUCCGCCACCACCACUACCGCCGGUCCAGAGCCGGCGUUGCCUUCCCCAAUUUCAUCUGCUCUGCCUCUCGUCCCCCUCCUCCUCUCCCUUCUUCCUCUGCCUCUGUUUUACUGAAGAGAAUUGGAAAAAAUGCAUCUUCAUCAUCAUCUUCUUCUUCUUCUCCUUCAGUGCUGCCUUAUUUUUAUCAGCAGAGUGCGGGGUAUGGGAGGUUUGCAUAUGACGAGUAUGAAUCAGAGGAGGAUGAUUACCAGUCUGACCGUGAUUCAGGGUCCAAGCAAAUGUGUGCUUCAACCCUUGAUAACAUUGAAGAAUGGAGAAUGAGGCUGACCAAGCUUCGGCGGAAUGAAGGUCAACAGGAACUUGUAUCCAGGGAAAGGAAAGAUCGACGAGAUUUCGAGCACCUUUCUGCCUUGGCAACUAGGAUGGACUUACAUAGCCGUCAGUAUUCCAAAGUAGUUGUAUUUAGUAAAGUCCCAUUGCCCAACUAUAGAUCAGACCUUGAUGAGAAGCGUCCUCAGAGGGAGGUGGUCUUGCCAUCUGGGUUGCACAGUCGAGUAGAUGCUUCUCUCAAAGCUUACUUUUCUAGAAAAGCUAAAGACAAGGAUUCCUUUGCACAUAGUGGGAGGUUAAAGUCAAAUAAUAAUUGUGGUCUUUUUAAUGGCGAUGAUCUCUCAGACAGCCAGGAUUCCACUCGAAGUGUGGUUGCUGAAAAAAUUCUUCAGCGUCGGAGCUUGAGCAUACGCAAUAAACAACAAAAUUGGCAGGAGUCUGCAGAAGGCCAAAAGAUGCUACAAUUUCGAAGAACUUUGCCUUCUUAUAAAGAGAAAGAAUCAUUGCUACGAAUGAUUUCUCAAAACCAGGUGGUGGUUGUGUCUGGUGAAACUGGUUGUGGCAAAACCACUCAAUUACCACAGUACAUUUUAGAAUCUGAGAUUGAAGCAGCUCGCGGAGCCACUUGCAGUAUUAUCUGUACUCAGCCUAGACGGAUCUCUGCAAUGUCUGUUGCUGAAAGAGUUGCUGCAGAGCGAGGGGAGAACUUAGGAGAAUCUGUUGGUUAUAAAGUUCGGCUUGAAGGAAUGAAAGGAAGGGAUACACGACUUUUGUUUUGCACCACUGGCAUUCUUUUAAGGAGGUUACUAGUCGACAGAAAUUUGAAAGGGGUUACUCAUGUUAUUGUUGAUGAAAUCCACGAACGUGGAAUGAAUGAAGAUUUUCUUUUAAUUGUCCUCAAGGAUCUCCUUCCUCGUCGACCAGAACUGCGGUUGAUUUUGAUGAGUGCAACUCUUAACGCUGAGCUUUUCUCAUCCUAUUUUGGCAGUGCUCCGAUGAUCCAUAUUCCCGGUUUCACAUACCCAGUUCGCAGUCACUUCUUGGAAAAUAUUUUGGAAAUGACAGGUUAUAGGUUAAAUCAGUACAACCAGAUUGAUAAUUAUGGUCAAGAUAAGUCAUGGAAAAUGCAGAGGCAGGCUCUUCGAAAAAGAAAGACUCAAAUCGCUUCAGCUGUAGAGGAAGCUCUGGAUGAUGCAGACUUCCGGAAGUAUAGUCCUCGAACACGGGAGUCUCUGUCUUGUUGGAAUCCUGAUUCAAUUGGCUUCAACCUCAUCGAGCAUGUGCUUUGCCAUAUAUGUCAAAAAGAAAGGCCUGGUGCCAUUUUGGUGUUUAUGACUGGGUGGGACGACAUUAAUGCUUUAAAAGAUCAGCUUCAAGCAAAUCCUCUUUUGGGAGAUCCAAGCAGAGUUUUGCUUCUUGCUUGCCAUGGUUCUAUGGCUAGUGCUGAACAGAGAUUGAUAUUUGACAAGCCCCAAGAUGGAGUCAGGAAAAUUGUUCUAGCCACCAACAUGGCGGAAACAAGUAUCACAAUUAAUGACGUUGUUUUUGUUGUGGACUGUGGAAAAGCAAAGGAGACAUCUUAUGAUGCACUAAAUAACACUCCAUGUUUGCUUCCAGCCUGGAUUUCUAAGGCUUCUGCGCGGCAAAGGAGAGGAAGGGCUGGCCGUGUUCAACCUGGGGAGUGCUACCAUCUCUAUCCUAGAUUCGUAUAUGAUGCUUUUUCAGAUUAUCAAUUGCCCGAGCUUCUUAGGACCCCUUUGCAGUCUCUCUGUUUGCAAAUCAAAAGUUUACAGCUUGGGAGUAUUUCAGAGUUUCUUUCUAAGGCUCUUCAGUCACCUGAACCACUUUCCGUUGAAAAUGCUGUUGAAUAUUUGAAGGUCAUUGGAGCUUUAGAUGAGAAAGAGGACCUUACUCUUCUAGGGCACAACCUUUCAAUGCUUCCCGUGGAACCAAAAUUGGGAAAAAUGCUUAUCUUUGGGUCUAUAUUCAAAUGUUUGGAUCCGAUAAUGACUGUUGUUGCUUCUUUGAGUGUCAGAGAUCCCUUUUUGAUGCCGUUUGAUAAGAAGGAUCUUGCUGAAUCUGCAAAAGCUCAAUUUUCUGCUCGGGAAUUCAGUGAUCAUCUGGCCCUCAUUCGGGCUUUUGAUGGUUGGAAGGAAGCUGAGAAAAACCAAUCAGGAUAUGAGUAUUGUUGGAGAAACUUUCUCUCUGCACAAACUUUGAAAGCAAUAGAUUCCCUUCGUAAGCAAUUCUUCCAUCUAUUAAAGGAUAUUGGUCUUGUUGAUGAUGUUGAAAGUUGCAACAAGUGGAGCCAUGAUGAGCAUCUCGUACGUGCACUCAUAUGUGCUGGUCUCUUUCCUGGAAUUUGCUCUGUCGUUAACAAGGAGAAGUCAGUUUCUUUAAAAACGAUGGAGGAUGGUCUGGUGCUUUUGCACUCUAAUUCUGCAAAUGCCCAGGAGCCUAAGAUCCCAUAUCCCUGGCUAGUUUUUAAUGAAAAAGUGAAAGUGAAUGCUGUAUUUGUGAGAGAUUCAACUGGCGUAUCUGAUUCUAUAGUGCUCUUAUUUGGUGGAAAAAUCAAUCAAGGCGGUCUAGAUGGACACCUGAAAAUGUUGGGAGGUUAUUUGGAGUUUUUCUUGAAACCUGCAUUGGCUGGUACCUAUCUUACCCUAAAGCAAGAGCUGGAUGAACUUAUUCAGAAGAAGCUUUCAAAUCCGAAGACUGACAUCAGCAGCUAUGAUGAGCUCCUAUCAAUAGUAAGAUUUCUGGUUUCACAAGAUCAAUGUGACGGUAGGUUUGUCUUUGGUCGCCAAUUGCCAACAUCCUCCAAAAAAGCCAAAAAUGAGGCACAAGUAGGCACCCAAAAGGGUGGGGGUGGUGAAAAUGCCAAGACCCAUCUUCAAACAUUGCUCCUAAGGGCUGGACAUCAAGCUCCUACCUACAAGACUAAACAAUUGAAGAACAAUAUGUUCCGAGCCACUGUUAUGUUCAAUGGAUUGGAUUUUGUUGGACAGCCUCACGGUAGUAAGAAAGAGGCAGAAAAGGAUGCUGCUGCUGAGGCUUUACGAUGGUUGACCGGUGAAUCUCAAUGUGAUCGUGAAACAGUUGAUCAUAUGUCAGCUAUUCUAAGGAAAAACAAGAAGAAACAGCAAAUUCCUUCUGCAAGGUGGAGGUAAUCAGCCAAAGACUAAGGGCCCUGCUUGGCACGAUGUUUUGGAAUGAGUUUAUGUAGGGGUGUUCGAACUGGUGGUCUUCCGGCUAUGUUCGGUUUCACAUUUUAAAGAAGAACCGAAUAACUGGCCGAGUGAGUGAAACGGUCUCUGCCGGUUUGGUUUUUGGUUAAAACCAUUAACCGAUUAUCAGAUUAGGGAUGCAUAGGAGAGCAAGACACAGCUCCCAUGAUGAAUUUAUAUAGCUGAACAGCUUUCUGGUGAAAUACUAAAAAGGGGG